UUUAAUUUUAGAUCGUAAUGUAGUGUGUAUAUUCACAGGCAUUUUACUUGUGGUUUCUACGAAAAUUAUGUUUUAUCAUAUGCCAUUAGAACAGGAAAUUAUAUUGCAUCCUCGAUAUUUUGGACCUAAUUUACUAAAUACUGUUAAGCAAAAAUUAUUUUCUGAAGUUGAGGGCACAUGUUCUGGACAAUAUGGAUUUAUAAUAGCAGUAACAUCAAUAGAUAGCAUAGGGUCAGGCAUGAUUAAGCCAGGCAGAGGAUAUGGCACUUAUAAAGUUAAGUAUAAUGCAAUUGUUUUUAUGCCCUUUAAAGGAGAAAUUUUAGAUGCAAUUGUUACUCAGAUAAACAAAGUGGGUAUCUUUUGUGAAAUUGGUCCAUUAACUUGUUUCAUUUCCAAGCAUAGUAUUCCUUCCAACAUGGAAUUUGAUCCCAAUUUAGGUCAACCAUGCUAUAAAACAGUAGACGAUGGCAUAUCCAUCAAAGAGCAUAAUGAGAUAAGGGUCAAAAUAGUCGGCACCCGAAUAAAUGCAUCUGAUAUUUUCGCCAUUGGUUCACUAAUGGAUGAUUUCUUAGGGCUGUCAGAGUAUCAUGUCUAAUCAAGCAUACUAUUGUUAUUAUUUAUGUAUAUAAUUUAUUUGCAAUUAUGUACAUAUUUUAUAUUGUGAAUUAUUAUUUGUAAAUAAAUUAUAUUAUAAAUAAAGUUUAAAAAAAUCUUAUAGCAAAA